AUGGCGGCGCUCCGAUGCACGCCGUGCGGCUGGAGGCGAGUCUUGGCCGCGGGGGUGCUGAUGGCGCUCGCGCUGGUUGCGCUGGAUAUCGCGACCGACUAUGACGAGGACGACGAUGCGGGCUUGCGACCACGCGGCAUGAUAUUUGAUGAGCUGGAUGAUGGCGGCCCAGAUGAUCUGUGGACGUUGGAGACGAAGAUGAGCCGUGGAUGCGCUCCAGGGACGAGAUCUAACGGUUGCGAGCGCGUGGACGCUGUAGUCGUUGCGGAUGGCGAGCUGGGCGAGAGGGUGCACGCGGUGUGCGCGGCGUCCGCCAUGACGGCGCUGAGCUCGCUGCUCACGCUCGCCGUGUGGCCGGCCGACCGCCACAUGCCGCACGUCCGCUUCUCCCACCUCUUCUCCCUCACGCCGCCCGCGCCCGCCUCCUCCUCUGCCGACAGCCCUGCCACGCCCGCCCCCAACGCCACGGCGGGGGGGGGCGGCGGGGGGGGCAGGGGGAGCGGGGAGAGUGCGUUCGUGGGCGGGCCGGAGCGGCGUGUGUGGGUGCGUGAGUCAGCGCUGCCCGCUGCGGCGUGGAGGAGCGGGCUCAACCUUGCCAGGCGCACGGUACACCUCCUUGCUGCCACCCCUCUCCCCUUUCACACCCCCCUCCUCGCCCCUCACACCCCCCUCCUCGCCCCUCACCCACCCCUCCUCGCCCCACAGUCACUUACCCCUCCCCCAUGCGUGCGUGCAUGCCUCCCGUCCCACCGGCCAGCCUUGUCCACUUCCUCUCAAACCCCCACCCCCCACUCCCCCCCCUUUCCCAUGGCGGCAGGUGGUGGUACCCGCGUGUCCGCAGGGCUCAACGGCGGACGCGCAGGGCGGGGGGGCGGCGGGCAGCAGAGGGGGCGGCGGGGGGGGCAGCACGGCGGUGCACCUCUUCCUCUCGCCGGACGCCGUCAACUGGCUCGGCCUCGUGAGCCCCGCUCCCUCCUACCUACCUCGCUGCCCACUCCGCUCCCAUGCACACCUGCCUCCCAUGCGCACCUGCAUCCUCCUCUGCCUUUGAUCACGCACUGCCCUCCUGCUGUCUGCCCUCCUGCUUCGCUGCCGGACGCGUGUGCGUUUGAGCGCGCCAUGGGGGCGUGCAUGGCAGCACUGCACCCUUCGCCGCCCGUGCAGCAGCUGCUGCAAAAGGAGAACGCCACGCGCCUGCACGCCUCGUAUGGCGUCUUCGUGGAUACGCUGGCAGCAGCGGGGUGCAGCGGGUGUGCGAGCAGCAAGGGGUCUACAGCAGUGGAGUGUGUGAUGAGGCGCGUGACCAUGAGCUUCCUCAAGGACCCCUCUAAGGGCUUCACUCUCGCCGCCUCCAACCCCCACCACACCGCUGCCGUCGCCGACUUCUUCCACCCGCACCGCGCGCCCACCCUGCUGCACGCCACGCUGCUGCGCGCCGCCACCUGCCCCUUCGGGGAGCACGUCACCGCUGCCCCCGGCCCGCGGAACUUGCUGCCGGGAACCAGUGCUGCCGCCCUGCAGGCACUGCAGGCAGGCGCCGUGGCAGGGGGUGGCGGAGGAGCAGGCGAUGAGGGCGGCAGUGGAGGUGGGGAGGAGGUGGCUGUGCUGCUGCCUUUCAACAACCGCAUCACACCGGAGCAGCUGCUGCUGUGCCUGCAUGCACGGGUGGCGGAGCUGUAUGCGUUGAGUCGCACGCGGGGGCUCAUCGCGGUGAACUCGUCGUCGGCGGAGGCGCGCUUCAUCGCGGCGCACGGCAGUGCUGCCAGCGAGCUGUUCCGUGUGCAGCGAGCCGUGUGUGACUCGCCACCGCUGCGCCCCAUCACGCACCUCAAGUUCGCUAAAUACACCAUCGUGGAAGAGCGGCUGGGUGUGAUGUACUGCGGGGUGCCCAGUGUGGCGUCCACUGCCUGGCUCACGUGGCUGCGUGCGCGCCUGGGGCUGCCGGCACCGCGCGAGGGGCGCGUGGCUGUGGACGACCGCGAUGGCGGGCUGCACGAGCUCGCGCUGCACUUCACCGAGCCGCAAGCCGUGCGCAUCAUCACGCGGCCCGACCUGCUGCGCUUCACGUUUGUGCGCAACCCCUUCUCGCGCCUCGCCUCCACCUUCCGCUCCACCGUGCUCGCCUCCCACCACUCCCACGCGCCCACCUCGCGCGAUCACUGGAGCAAUGCGUUGUUCCGGGCGGUGCGGCCCAUAGUGGAGGCGGUGGUGCGGGAGGGCGAGGGGCAGCUGUCCUUCCCGUCCUUCGUGCGCCUCGUGGGGCGCCUCAUGGACCACAGCCGCCCCCUCAUGGACUCCCGCAUCGCGCCUCAGGUGGACGUGUGUGCACUGUCGGCCAUCAAGUACGACGUGGUGGGCCGCGUGGAGAGCCUCAUGGACGACGCCCGUGCUGUCGUGGACCGCGUGGGCGGUGGGGGGCAGGGGGCGCACAUGGAGAUCUUUGAGGAGGACGGCACAGGGAAAGGUGCAGACGCUGACGCCAGCCUUGCACGGCUGUAUGACAAGGACACAUACGAAGCGGUGAAGAGCAUAUACGCCAUGGACUUCUAUGUGGCGCUCAACAACAUCACACAGCCCGCGCCCCAUGUGCUGCACGACCUGCUCGAGAGCGAGCUCUGA